UGAUUGUUAUAAAUUGUUAUAAAAACGAAUAUAAUUAAAUACAUAUAAAGUAAUACUUGUGCGUAAAAACAUCAAAAUUGCAUUAUUUUUUAAGGUUAACCGGGUAUCAUGGAUGUAUAAUCGAAAGAAAAGUAUUUUCACAUAUAAAUACAUUUUAUACAGUAAAAUAAUCAAAUACGAUUCAUCAUGACGACGUUUUGGAAAUCAAUUAACAAUAAUUUAAUUUCACGUGCACUUUUAAAAUACAAUGUUGAUAUUAUUAAAGUUCCUGUACGAGAAAGGUUUGCAAAUAUACCUAAAAAACGUCAUCCAGGUUGGCUUCCUAAACAAAACCGUGUUCUACACGACGAACAUAUUACCCCCGAAAAUAAAACAUUUAUUAAAGAAGUCAUACAAUCAAAAUAUAAUUCACCGCUUAAUAUAAAGCCAAUUGAACCAAUCACAGAAUGGAGAAAAGGACUCAAAAGAACAGGUUUGAUAGCCAAAAAAAUCGGUAUUUAUCCAAUGUGGUUAACAAAUGGAAAAAAAGUUUCAUCUACGUUACUACAGAUCGUUGAUAAUCAAGUAGUAAAAUAUAUAACACCAGAAAAUUUUUUCCCAGUUAGAACGAAAGCCAAAAACAUAGAUUACAGAGUAAAACACAAACUUGGAUCUCUCGUGGUAGGAGCAGAAAGUUCAGACCCACAAUUGUUUAGAAAAGAAUAUUGCGGCCUAUUCAAAGAUUCCGGAGUAAUGCCUAAACGUAUUUUGAUGAGAUUUAUGAUAUCGCCAGAAGCUGCAUUACAACCCGGUACACGUUUGUACGCGGCUCAUUUUAAACCAGGCGAUGUUAUUGACAUUCGUGCAAAAACGGUAGACCGUGGUUUUCAAGGAGUCAUGAAAAGAUGGGGUUUCAAAGGAAUGCCUGCGUCUCAUGGCGUAACUAAAACUCACAGAAGGCCAGGAAACAUUGGCAGUGGUGGAGCAAUGGCUCGGGUAAUGCCAGGUACUAAAUUACCUGGUCACAUGGGUAAUCGGUGGCGCGUAAUUAGAGGUUACAGGAUUUUACGAAUAAAUACAAAAUAUAACGUAAUUUGGGUUAUGGGCCAAAACAUACCUGGAGAAACGAAUACCUUUUGUUAUUUAUUCGACACGAUGCUACCUUGUAGAAAAUCAGAAACUCCCCCAUAUUUCCCAACUUAUUUACCCGAUUUAAGUAAAGAACCAUUGCCAGAGGAUUUAUAUGCAGAUGAUGUACAUCCAUUCAAAGCACCCACAAUUCGAAUCAGCGAAGAAUCUUAAUUGUAUUAUAUAAUAAAGUUAACAUAAAAAAUUAUAUAUAUACGAAAUAUAUAUAUAUAUAUAUAUAAUAAUGUCAAAAUAAAUUCUUGUUGUUUACGAUUACUUUUCCUUUCGAUGCUACUUAUUUAGCAUUCAUUGAGAUAUGUUGUAUAAAAUAGUACAAUUUAUUAAUUAAUUCGACAUUAAACUUGAGGCAAAACGCCCAGACUGAAGGUUAGAGUUAUGCCGGAUUCACGCUAUUUACUUUUUUUAUUAUAGCCGCUAGCUCCUUAUAGAAAUGUCGACAAUCAUUAAUUAUGCUAGUAAAGAGUAGUCAAUCGAUUCAUUUAUUUAGUAAUCAAUAUCAUUAUAAAUUUAACAUGCCUAAAAUAUACACGAAUCGUUUUAUAAAUGUAACAUCGCUAAGCAAGACUCAUCCUGAGUUUGAGUAAAGAGCAACAUGUUCAAGCAAUAAAAAGGUCUCCUCUCUGCGCCUCCAUUUGAGAGAGCAACUAAUCAAUUUACUAGA